AUGGUUCGUCGCAGUGAUAGGGCUUCUGGUGAAGUGGUGCGGAAAAAAGGAGCAGGCGGUGCGCAGGGCCGUUUGCAACGCCGCCAACACCGUAAAGGCGGGAAGAGAGGCAUUGAUGAAGAUGAUGAUAUGUUGGAGGUGCAGCGACCAGGUGCAUUAUCGCUCAAUAAUCCGCUGAUUCCACCAGAUCUUGAUGAAGACAUUGACGAUGAUCUUGCCUUUAACAGCGAUGAUGAAGAGAAGUAUGGCCACUUUUUUAACAAAAAGACGAAACCAGAUUCUACUGCUGAUUCAACUGGAGGAAAAAAGAAAAAGAAAAAGUCUGCUAAGGAGAGAGGAGGUAAUGCAGCUGAUAUGGGUGAUUCUGAGGAUGCUUUGGUACUGCAACAAUUACGUGCUUUGGGCGAAAUUGAAGAUGAUGAAGAUUUGGAUUUUCACGAAAGAGACAGUGCUGGUGAUGAUGAUGAUGACUAUAUUGACCUUGCUGACAUGCUUGAUGCUGCAGAAGAUGGAGUUGAUGGAAAAGGAGGAGCAGACAGCAGCGGUAAAAAGAAGAAAAAGAAGAAGAAAUUAGAUGAGGACGGAGUGGCGAAAAAACGACGCCGUGCACGUGUUACUGAGGAGGCAGAAUCUAUCUAUGGUCCUGCUGCUGUUGAAGGAUCAUACAGCAGUAAUAUUCGUCAAGUUGUGGCAGCUACGCCUCUACCAUCAACACAGGCACGUGUUCAACAAAGUCUUGAAAAUAAGCAUAACCUUAUUAGUAUUGAUGUAGAUGAUACUAAAAAGGAGACACUAGUCCGUGGUGAAGUACGUAAGGUAGUCGCAGAAGACCUUGCAAAGUAUGAAACUUUCCUGCGUGAACAACAAAAUUCUAAACAUGUGCAGCUUCCUAUGCCUAUGCCGGAGAGUAAUCCUGUACCAUCUACUCUUGGUGCUAUUGCUGCUGCUGCAGAAGCUCAAUUUGCCCACCAGAAGGAUGGAAAUAUAGCAGAAACUUUAGAUACUGAAAAGAUAGGUAACAACGCUACACGAGCGUCAGCUUUCCGUCUUGCAGGAAAAAUGAAUGCAUUACUAUCUGGUGCUGGUUUAUUAAGGCCACAGUUAACUUCAGGAAAUGCUGAAGAUGGUGUCGUCCCGUUAGAUGAUGAUAACGAGAAUAAUAAUGGUAUGGCUGGUACAUCAAAGCGUAAUGAUGAUGGAAGUGUACCAACAACAAGUUAUAUGGCGAAAUUAAAAGCAAUGCUUUCUUAUGAAAAUGCCCGUCGUCGUCGUUUGAAUCGUAUUAAAAGUAAGACAUACCGUCGUAUCCUACGUAAAGAAAAAGAACGAGAAAAGGAAAGGCGAGAAAAGGCAUUUGAAAUACUUCAUCCAGAGAAGGCUCGUGCUCGUCUGGCAGAGAAACUUAUGAAAGCACGCAUGGAAGAACGUGUGACACAAAAACACAAAAAUACAAGUAAAUGGGUUCGUCAUGCCAAACGAUUUGCUCAGUUUGAUGAUAACACGAAAGAUGCCUUAAAUGAACAACAUAUGUUACAUCAACAACUUAUGCGAAAAAUGGAGGAAGAUGCGAAUGAAGAUGAAUAUCUUAAUGCAGAUGGUGAUGGUCGGGCUAACAGUGAAGCCGCCUCAAGUGAAGAAGAACGUGUAGUGGAUUAUCUUAUUGCUGAAGCUAAAGGAGAACAAAGUGCUGGAAACGCCAAAAAGAAUUUAACUUCUGUUCUAUGGAACAGUGUUGAUGAUGAUAAAAAGGGUAAAGGAAGUGGUGGAGCUGGAGUUUCUGAUAUGACACCAACUGAAAAGGCCCGUUUGGAAUUGCGAGGAAUGAAGUUUAUGCAACAAGCUAGGGAACGAGAAGAGAAGUGCUACGCAGAAGUACUUGAACAACUACAGGAAGACAUCCGUCGUGAUAUGCGUGGAGAAACCUUAGACAGUGAUGAUGAAGUCCCUGACCUCGAUGAUAACUCUGGAAAAGUAAACAAGAAAAAAGGGAAGGCUGGUUCAUCUUCUACAACGUUAACAGCAUCAGGAGGCCAGACAAUUGGUCGAAAAGUGUUUCAACAACAGAAUGACCGAAAUAACGGUAUUAAGGGAGUAGAGAACAUUCAACUGAAACAACAAAGUGGUAUUGAUGCUCAUGCACAUCAAGAAGAAGAAGAUGAUGAUGAUGAUGAUGAUGAAGUACUUAGCGCAAGCGGUAGCGAUAAAGAAAAGGAUUGUAGUUACUCCAUUAAUGAAGAUAACGACAGUGAAGAAGAAAAAGAGAAAAAACCUGAACCUACCAAAGUUAAAAAGACAAAAAAAAAUCGGGAAUCAAAGGAUGAGUUUGCCGGUAUCCGUAAACCCAACAAGGUUUCUGGUAGUUUAAAGGGAAGUGGUGUCGCUGCUCCCUCUUCUUCUACACCCAUUAUAUCCUCCGUUUCCACUCCUUCAAGUGAAAAAAAUAGUAGCAGCACACGUAUUACUAUUCUUCCAGGUGUUUCCAAACGACCACGUCGUGAUGAGGAUCUUGAUGGUACUGCAGUAAUUGCCUCAGACCAUACUGAAAAGAAUGAGUAUGAGGAUGAUGAAGAAGGAAAAGAACAACAGCAACAAGGGCAGGAACCCCACGAGGAUGAUGAGAUGACACUACAGCAGCAACAAGAAUAUCUUAUUGCCCGUGCCUUUGCCGGUGAUGAAGUGGACGCUGAAUUCCUCGCUCAGAAGGCGGCACAAGUUGAGACGAUCAUGCGGCCUGUUGAUAAGAACGCCUCACUGCCUGGUUGGGGCGAGUGGGGUGGUGCCGACGCCCGUCUUAACACCCGCCACCAGGCAAAAAUACAGGCCAUGCAAAUGCAGCGUGAGAUUGAGCGCACCACGCUGUUGAAGAGUCGGGCGGAUGCCGCACUGGAUCACGUUAUUAUUAACCAUGAUGGUGUGGAACUCGUGCCAGAUCGCAUGUUGUUGCACAUGAUUCCGCGCCCGUUCAGUAAUCCAACGGAGUUUGCGCGGUCUAUGCGGCAUCCGCAUGGUCCAGAGUGGAAUACAGCCCUCACAUUCAAGGAGGCGAAUCAACCCCGUGUGGAGGUGCGCCAGGGUCACGCGGUACUCCCACUCGAUCUCUCGCUGCGCACCAAAAAGAAGAUGAAGACGAAGAGGCGCAAGACGGAAGCCACAGCUUGA